GCUGAUAUGAAGUAGACAGACAUCUUCUGAAGUUUUGUGCAUGCUGUGCUCUUUUUUUCUUUGCUGCAACAAGAAAAGCCUUUUCUUUUAACCUGGCUUCCUUUGAAGAAGUAACUCAGGAAGCUUCAUGGCCUCUCAAGAAUCUCAGAGACAAACUAACUCAAUCUUUAAGGAUUACCUCCCUGGUUCUUCUGACCUUCCUGAACAGAAUAAGCCUAUUGAACCAACAAGUCUCUGGAAGCAAACAUCACAUACUCAUAACAUGCCACCUGGUCUGGAGUACCUGAACCAGUUGGACCAGAUAAUUAUUCAUCAGCAAGUAGAGCUUCUUGAAGCCAUUCUUGGCACAGAGACCUCCAGCAAAUAUGAGAUAAAAAACCGUUUGGGACAAAGAGUUUACUUUGCAGUAGAAGAAAAUGAUUGCUUUGAUCGUAACUUGUGUUCGCCUAUAAGGUCUUUCACCAUAAGGAUCGCAGAUAACACAGGCCGAGAAGUGAUUAGAGUGAAGAGACCCCUGAGAUGCAACAGCUGCUGGUUCCCCUGCUUCCUGCAAGAGUUAGAAGUUCAGUCCCCACCAGGUACAGUAGCUGGGUAUGUUGUACAGAACUGGGACCCUUUUCUGCCGAAGUUUACUAUACAAAAUGAAAGUAAAGAAGAUGUAUUAAAAAUAGUUGGCCCGUGUGCAACUUGUGGCUGUUUUGACGAUGUUGACUUUGAGGUAAAAUCUCUCAAUGAGAUGUCAACGAUUGGCAAAAUUUCCAAGUACUGGUCUGGAUUUGUAAACAAUGUCUUUACCAACACUGCCAACUUCGGGAUCCAGGUCCCUGUAGACCUUGAUGUGAGAAUCAAGGCAGUAAUGAUUGGUGCUUGUUUCCUCAUUGACUUAAUGUUCUUUGAAAACUCUUUGGAUGGAUUAUAACAAGAUGACAGAAAUAAUAAAAUAUGCAGAAUGUGUUUCAAAAUCCCUCGAGCUUUGGACAUGGUUUUGAACUGCACAAAUCCUUGUUCCUUAUAGGAAAGGAUAGGGAGUUAAUGAUGUUGUUUAUUAAUGUAUGUCUCAUGUAAAUAACAAUUUCCCACUUACAUUUUAUGUGCAUUGUAGCUAAACACAUACUUUUCACCCAGAGCGCUGUUGCUUUGGAACAGUGCUAUUCUCUUCUUUCUCUUUUGAUGUUCCUGCAUGGGAAAUCAUGAAAGAUUAGAUGAAGGCUUGCAGCGUCACUGAUGAAAGUCUAUGUUUAGAGAAGCCUUUGAUGUUUUGCAAGUGCUGGUACCAGUUACUAACCACAUGAGGGUGUGUUCUGGGGAUUUUGCUUUUUCAUAAUUUUCGAAGUAAUUUCCUGAUUUGUUAUUUAAUUAAUAGCAACAAACUGAGAUUGAAAGCAACAAAUAUAAGACAUCACCCGAUGGGAAGUUCAAGACGUUAUCUGUUUCAGUGAGUUGAAAGAAGGGAAGUUAUGUUUGCUAGUAAAUUAAUUUUAUGCCAAAGAUUUGUUUAAUGAGUGACAGCCGAGAAAUUAGGCUUCUAGUACUAGACUGGAGAACAUAAGCUCUAUUUGGAAAAGCUGGUCUUUCACUAUUUUUAAUGGAGACAGGCCAUAAGGUUUGAGAGGUGGUGCACAAAUCACUUCAAACUAUCCUGUGUUAAGGAUUCUUGCUCCUAUCCACUCAAGACUUUCCUUAGAAGGUUGUUCCUCUUUAUAAUAUCUGGUGCUUGAUAACUUUUCAUUCAGACUUGCCUGAGGCCAUCCUAGAACAGAAUAUAUUAUUUUCCUUUGGCAAGCUCAGGUAUUUUCUAUGAUAGGACAAUAGGAGAUUUUUCCAUUUCAGUAUCAGUUUUACAUCGUUGUUAAUUCUUGCAUCACACCCGAUCAUAGAAUAGACUCAUAGAAUGGUUUGGGUUGGAAGGGACCUUAAAAGUAAUCUAGUUUCAACCCAGCUGCCAUGGGCAAGGACACCUUCCUCUAGACCAGGUUGCUCAAAGCCACAUUAUACUGUUCCCAAACAUUCUCAUUAACAGGCUUUUACUAAUACAAUCUUCCUUUGUAGGAACAUCCAUGACAUAUAUAUAUGCAAGACAUGAACAGAAAAACUUCUGUUUCAAAAUAUUUGGUGUAUGUACUUGCUUGUGCCUCUCUCAAAAACUCCAGUGAGUCCUUCAAAAAGCAAUCCAGUACUAUAGAAUAUUAGUGGUAAAAACAAAUGCUAUCAUAGUCUCUGAUUGAGUUUCCAAAGGGAACAUUUUGCAAAUCACUGGAAAUGCUGGAUUUUUUUUUAGCAUGAACUAGUAAUUCAAUUCUUGCAAACAACCAACACAUCAACGGAAAGGAGAGGAGAUAAUGAAUAAUUCAUAAAAAUGAAAAAGAGCUAAAUUUAUCAGGUGAUUAAUUCUCAACAAAUAUUUAGACUAAUUUUAAAUUAAUGUUCAUGGAUAUGAAUUCAAACACAGUGAAGUCAGGAAGUUGCAACUAAUGUUCCCAUAGUGAAAUUAACUCAGGAAUGCGUAUAGAUUUAAACAGUAUGUUUUAGAUUAUAUACCACACUUAGGUAUUUAUACAGAUUUACAUAUGUCUUGAAAAUAAUUGUGGUUAACAAGCUCUGACAAUCAUCAUUAUCUGUUAACCAUUUCCUUGCUGGAUCUCGCUGUGAUUCUUAGCAGUGCAAUCAGGCUGCAAUCUGCAGAAGUUAGGAACUCAGAGGGAACCUUUGCUGUCACUUUUCCCAGCAGGAAGCACCCGGUGAGCUUCGUGGGCAAGACGCUCCCUCGUGUGGACAUUUGUAGUUUUGCAGAAGAAUACAGGUGACGCCAAUUUGCUCUUCUCACUAGUUUCACACUGGUGUCAUUCUGUUAAAUUCAAUCCUUUCACUCCUGACUAAUGCAGACUGAGAAAAAGAGACAGUUUUUUAUAUUAAUUUUUCUCUUUAAAUCCCUUUUCCAUCUUGGACAGAAGUGACUAUUAUUGUAGCCUGCAGUCUUGGGUCUCAUGAAAACCCAUGUUCUUGCACUGUUGUUGAGUUGUGUGUGUCUGAACACUCAGUUGAACGCAGAACCCCGUGAGAUCAGCAGGCUCCCCUGCUAUCUGCCACACUUCUUCAGUUUCCAGCCUUAUGACCCUUGACAAGCCAAAGACGUCUUUGAAGCAAAUGUGUCCAAGCACCAUUGAAGUCAAUCCAAAAUAGGGGUUUAUUUACCAGCAGGGCUGAAAUAUAUACCACAUAUAUACCUUGUAGGUAAGCAAUACAUGCAUUUAUUUUUUAUAUAUUGCAACCAGUUGAUAGUACUGUAUUUCUUGCACUUAGUGAUUGUUGCUCUUUUGUGCGUUAGUACAGCUUUUGUGGGUUUUUUGUUGUUGUUGUUGUCAUUGUUUUGGUUGGUUGGUUGGUUGGGGUUUUUUUUAAAGUGUAAUGCUUGAAUAUGUGUAUAAGUAUGUUUGAAUGCUUCUAUUUACACCCGGAGGCAACUUCUGGGACAUACAAGACCAGGUUGUCCCUGGAUAAAACAAAGCACUGGGUCUGGGAUAGCUCUUGCUGGUUAGAACUUCCUCAGCAGCCUGCUUGACCUUGGUUCCAUCCUUCAACAUCCUGAUAGAAAUUCAGUGCCAAUGCCAGUGUUUUUUCAACUGGAAUCUCGUUCAUCUAAACCACAGCUGCUAUAUGAGGGCAGGUUAUUCAUACUCAGCAAAGAUGAUGGAGUUCUGUGUGAUAUUACUAAAGAAAAGCUAAUGUGUACUAAGAUUUUUAAAACCUGCAGCUCUAACUAGGAACUCUUUCUUAUUAAUACCAAUGUGUUUCAUCAUUAUGGAAGCUAUGUAUACUCUUUACUAAUCUCACCUUUCAUGAUUCCCCCACAGGUUAGGAGUGGCUCUCCAAAGGAGAAUUCAGUAUUUUCCAAAGGGGGACAGAUAUUCUCUAAAGUGAAUUCAUGUCUGGAACAUCUUGUAGAAAUAAACAUGAUUGUUCUAAUGAAACAGACAUUUUACUUAGUUCAGCCAAGCAAAUAGUUUCACACGAUCACUACCGAAAUUGUAAAUCUAUGUAGUACAUAAUUCUUGUGUUCAGUAGAUGGCAGCAACUGUUCAUUAUUACAAUGUUUAGCUUUCCACAGAUCACAAGCUGUACCCAGGACACUGAUUGAAGAUCAAGACACCUUUAAUUGAUUUCUACCCUUAACUGGAGGACUUUAUUUGUCUGAUAUUAAACCUUUGUCACACGAUGCUGGUUAUCUUUAUUGCCUGCAAUUUACGGCUGAAUUAUGGGUGAUUGAUAUUUUAUGAGAUCUGGUAGAUGCAUGGGCAGAAUCCAGUCUACCACAAAGUGAGCUCUUCUGGUCAGCCCAAAACCUGUUUUUUGCAGCUGAAGCAUCUCUCCAACUUCCACAGGUGGACAGAGGAGAAGCCCCAGCCCCAGGACAUUCCCCACCUUCUGCAGAAAGUGCUGUGUCUAAAGGAGAUUGCUUUGUUGAAGCUUUCUAUUGGUAAAAUAACUUUGCCCAUAUGUUAUGUCAUCACAGUCCAUCACUAUGUGGUGUCCUCAGGCAGAGGGAUGGAAACCCCUUGUAGUGCCAGAACCCCAGAUGAUACCAGUAUGUGGGAAGGAGCUGGUUUGUCCAUGGGAAAAUCAGCCAUUUUUUGUAAGAUAGUGGCAACACAGCAGCUCUGUAAGGUAGAGAUUUUUUUGUUAUUUAGUAAUAUGGUGGAUAAAGAAAUACUAUUUUUUUUAAG